AUGUCGAACGAAAAAAAUCCACCAAGUAACAAAGAUGUAUUACAAAUUGAUCAACCCAAGUCUACGGUUUCGAUUGAUUGUUCAUUAACUAUUCCUGCAGCAACAACAAUUUCUCGACAUGUGAAUUUGGUUUCAUCGGUGACUAGUAAUAUAAAGUUAAAUCGUGGGAUUAAUAAAUCAUUAUCAACACAUGAGUAUUAUCAAUCGGAUUUACAUUCAUUUGAUACGACAUCUAACUCACUGCUCUAG